AUGUAUAGCCCCUUGCACGUGGACAAGCCUAGGGCUUGCUCCAACUGUUCCCGGGCCAAGGCCAAGUGUGUCUGGCCGGCCACGGAUGACGAGGACUGCGAACCGGAGGACGUGCCAGAGGUCACACUCUGUGUCAAAGAGAAAGCGAGGAAAAGCGACAAACUCGAUAACAUUAUGACUCUACUAAGUCGAGAACGAAACCAAACAAUCGAAUCCCCGUCCUCGCUUCCCAGUAACGGCUUUACACGCUCCGUAAUACAAGCAUCCCAUCAAGACAUCACGUCGGCCCCAUCACUACACUCCCCGACAUCUUACCCACAGCAAGAUGCCUUCAUCAAUGUUGUCCCGAGCGUUCAAUUUUCCUUUGCAGAGGCGGGUCAAGUGCUCCAAGAAUACAAGACCGAGAUGCUCCUCCAGUUUCCCUUUGUUCCCCUAUCCUCUAUCGACGCUCACGACCUAUACAAGCGCAAACCUCUCCUGCUCAAGACCAUAUUGCCCUGCUGGUGUUCUUUGCCUGGCUUGCUGGCAGACCUGGGACUGCAUAAAUGCCCUAGCACCACACAGCCGGCGUUUGGAUCCAUCGUCGAUGAUGCGGCUGAUCUGCGGAAUGACCUUCAGCCGCAACCGGGAUAUUCCAGUGAUGACCAUCGGGCUGCGCUAGGUGUUUACUAUAUAGCAUCUAUACGAUGCAGUAUUCUUGGGAAGCUGUCUGGACUCGAAUACACGCCGCGUCUCGACGAAUGCACUCGCCAAUUGCUGCAGGAUCAAGAAUAUCCAACAGACUCGUUGCUUGUCAACCUCGUACGGAUACGUCAAAUCGCGAUCAAGGUGAACGAUGCGUUUGGGAACACAUGCGAUCCCCUCACCGACAAGGCUUCUGCAAGUAUUCGCGCAAUCGUCGUCACCUCGAUACGAAACGAGCUAGACACAUUUACCAACUUCUUACCGGAGCAUCUUCAGUCAAAUCACCUUUUACGUAGCCAUUGUGCUGCUGUGCGCAUACGCCUGCUGGAACCUGUUAACCACGGCAACAGACACGAUCCUCUCGAACCUACCCAUGUGAGAUGUCGCGCAAUGUGGAAUUGCUUGGAGAGCACCCAAGCCCUCAUCGAUGCAUUCCUCUUAAUCCCAAUCGAAUCCUACCCCCCCCUCACCUUUGUCUCUAUCCUCCAUUUGGCCCUCGCAAUCAUAAAAGCCUUCAGAUUACUCUGCGUGGAAGAUCAAGCCUGGGAUCUGCACACCGCCCAGACCAUGUAUAACCCCCCAGACAUCCUGCAGAGACUGAGCAAACUCUUUGAGGAAGCCAGUCGCAUUGGCAGGCCACGGUGUGGGAUAAUGGCUAAUGGUAGACCCCUGUUCUGCGAGUAUUCUGAAUCCUACAAGGGAAUUGAGCAUUGGUUCAUGUCCAAGGCGGAAGUGGCUCAUUCCGACUUGAUGGACUCGGUUGUUGCACAUGAUGGGGAUCAGUAUAAGGGCUUUGAUUUUUGGAAUCAGCUAUCUGACCUGACGUAUGGACUUGAGCCCUAG